AUGACGUCAUCAGGCGUUGGUGUUGGACAAAGAAAGAUGGCUGGGUCAGUUGCUGACUACCAGUGUAAUUACUGCCAAGAAGAAAUCACGGAAAUAAGAGUGAAAUGUAGCCAGUGCCAAGACUUUGACCUCUGCUUACAGUGUUUUUCAUGUGGAGUAGAGAUAGGUCAACACAAAAAUAAACAUGGAUAUGAAAUCAUUGACUGUGGAACAUUUCUAAUAUUCCAAACAGCUGGAGCUUGGAAAGCUGUGGAUGAACUGUUGUUAUUGGAAGCAGUUGAACAUUAUGGUUUUGGCAACUGGGAAGGCAUAGCUCAGCAUUUCAAAGAUAGAAGUCUAGAAGAUAUCAGAGAACACUACAUAGACAUGUAUGUUUAUGGAAAUAUUGGGGAAGCAUCCUGGCCACUCCAGACUCUUCAUACAGUUACAGACCAAACAUUCUCAAGCAAUGAUGAGAUUUUGCUACCUCCAGAGGAACUUACCCCACAAGAGCAGAAGGAAUUAGGAUAUUUACCAAAGAGAGAUGAUUUUGAAUGGGAUUAUGACAAUAGUGCAGAAUCAGUAGCCUGUAAUUUAUGUAUUCGUAAAGAUGACGAUGAAGUUGAAGUAGCUCUAACUUUAGCAAUAUUAGAUGGAUACAACCAAAGGCUACGAGAGAGAUUAAGGAGAAAAAGAAUAGCCAGAGAACACAGAAUGUUUCAGGAAUUUUUUUCUUCCAAUAAUUCGAAACCUAAUAAUCCUAAGAAAAGGUCAUCUCAUAAAGAUGAGAAACUUCAAGACAAACUGAAAGUAUUUUGUCAAUUCCAAACUGGUGCAGAAAAUGACCAAUUUUUUAAAAACAUGCAGAGAGAAAAAGAUCUGAAGAGGAGGAUUGAUCAGUUGAUGAAGUAUAGAAAAUGUGGUUUGACUAAGCUUGAUGAAUGUACAGAAUUUGAUACAAUCAAGUGCAUGAACAGCAAAAAGAAAGGAAAUAAUAACAAAUUAGGCAGUUCCAAAACCAUGACACUCCGAAACUUUACAAUGGUGUACGGAAGAGGAGGAGAAAGAGACGCCAUUCAUGGACAAGAAAGAAAAAAAAGAAAUGAAGAGAUAGUUAGGGUCAGCAAAUUGGCCCAAUACAUCUGUGGUAUAUUUCUGAGACAGAAGUGUUCAGCUAGCCUGACAACAACAGGGUAAUAUUCCCAGCUGCUCCAAAUCCUAACCUGAUCCCCAGCAGAAAUAAUCAUCACACGAUGAGGGGUGAACCUCUCAGUACUCAGGAAUAAAGUUUUCUCUUAUAA